AUGAAGAGAUCACGGUGGAAACUUUCUUCUUCUUAUAACAAAAUCUUCCACUUCGUUACGGAUACCGGAGGAAUUAAGGAAAUGACGGAGGUAGCUAAAUUGUUGUACGUAGUGGUGGAGGAUGAUGAAGAAACGAAAGGGAAUGAAGAAUCAUCGUUUAGAUACACGCGUCCUGUUCUCCAGAGCACUUUGCAGUUGAUGGGCUGUAAAGCACGUCAUGCCUUCAAGAUAAGCCAAAGGGUAUUUGAAAUCAUGAGAAAUAAAUGCUUAGAGGAAAGUUUGGCAGACAUAGGUGUAAUUCAAUGGGGAAAAGAUUUCUUGAAAGUUCAUCCUCUGUCUGAUAAGAUGAAUGGAAGCAAUCAUGUGUUUUCAGAGAAAGAUAGCACAACUAAGAGCAAGCCUUUUGAAUCAUACAAAAAGCGCACUACAAUUGUCAUCAAAAGAAAGAGGUUCAUAGAUGUUGUAUGUGAUGCUCUCUCUGAAUACAAGUAUAUUGGUCCCAAUCAAAGGGCUGACUUUGUUUUAGCCUGCAGAAUUCGGGAAAGAAAGGAAUCUGUGACUGUUCUACUCUGUGGUACUAGUGGAUGUGGCAAAUCUACAUUGUCAGCUUUACUGGCUAGCAGAUUAGGGAUCACAACUGUUAUAUCUACAGAUUCAAUACGCCAUAUGAUGAGAAGCUUUGUUGAUGAAAAACAAAAUCCACUCCUAUGGUCUUCUACUUAUCAUGCAGGGGAACAUCUAGAUCCAGUAGCUGUUUCAGAAGCCAAAGCCAAAAAAAAAGCCACAAAAGAAUUUGAUUCUACUUCCAAAACUGAACCUGUUCCUAAAGAAGGUUCUAGUUUGACCACAGUUGACUUAAUUAGCCCUAAACAAAUGGCCAUUGAAGGUUUCAAAGCACAAAGUGAAAUGGUCAUUGAUAGUCUUGACAGACUUAUAACUGCAUGGGAAGAUCGAAAAGAAUCAGUCAUCGUGGAGGGUGUCCACCUCAGCCUUAAUUUCGUGAUGGGAUUAAUGAAAAAACAUCCAUCCAUCAUCCCAUUCAUGAUCUACAUCACAAACGAGGACAAACACAUGGAAAGAUUUGCAGUUCGUGCAAAAUACAUGACAUUAGACCCUGCAAAAAACAAAUACAUAAAAUACAUAAAAAACAUAAGAACAAUUCAAGAAUACCUCUGCAAUCGAGCAGACAAACACCUAGUCCCAAAAAUAAACAACACAAAUGUCGACAAAAGUGUCGCAGCAAUCCACGCGACAGUUUUCAGCUGUUUAAGAAGACGUGAUUCCGGAGAACCACUUUACGAUUCCGCCACCAACACCGUAUUUGUGAUUGACGAGGAGUAUCGGAAUCAGUGUGUGGCUAAUUCCAUCGGGUCGAAAGGAAUGUUUCAGUUGAUUCAAAGGCAGGGUUCUUCGAGGCAUUUGAUGGCUCUUUUGAAUAACGAUGGAUCGGUUGCAAAGGCGUGGAAUGCCGAGGACGGAAUGGGGAUUCCGAUGUAUGGAGUGGUGCGCAUUGGGAAGUCGGAAUCGGUGAAUCUGCAGUUUGGUAACUUCGGAAUCAGUGCUUGGCCGAAUGAACUUGGGUGCACUAGUCAUGCUAGUAGUGUUGAUGAAGUUAUGGAGAAUGGUAGUAGACAUUAUUCUUCGUGUUGUAGCUCACCAAAGUUCUCAGAAGGACAUGCUAAAGAGUUGAAAGAAGAUUUAUCUGUUAAUGGAAGCGAUGAAGAGGUGGACGAUACCCACGCAUUAGAUACCGAUGAGGAUCUUAGUGAUGAUGCCAAAGAAAAUAUGCACGAAGAGAUGGAAGGGUCAGUUGAUGAGGAGUCGACUAAAUCAGAUGAAGAGUAUGAUGAUCUUGCAAUGCAAGAUAUUCAAGAAAAUGGAUAUUUGAAUGCAGAAUUCGAAUCUAAAACUAACGUUUCUGGAGUCAAACAGAAUGUUGACUGUGUUUUGAGAACAAAAAGCGAGCCAUUGAUGGAUAAAAGAUUGGCAUCUAGAGUCAGAGGACGAUCUUAUAGUAUUAUGUAAAAUCUUGAUAUUUGUUAAAGUUAUUAGGGUAAACUUCUCUUUGGCAUUUUGUCGAACACCUUGAAUGCACUUUACAUUGUAAGUUGAUCUAUGGCAGUUUAUGGUUGUGUUGGGCAAAUGCGUGUUGCACAGAUUACUUUUUUUUUUUAUCUUAAAAUAUAAAAUAAACUAAAAGGUAUAAAUAAGGACAAAAGUAAUUCAAAAGCAUAUAGACCAU